AUGAAAUGUAGAUUGAAUGAAACUCGAGUUGGUUCUGUAGUUUGGGAGAAAGACACUACAAUCAUUGCGAUAAACAAGAUAAUAGAAAAUGGAUUUGUGAGCAAAUACAACAUAGCGGACGGUGACCUAAAUUAUGAUUUGCACGUUUAUAAUAUUGGAUUGGAUGACGAAGGUGUUUACGAAUGUAAACAUUCAAGACAAUCACCGAAUGCAGAUGCUAACCCGAUGGCAACAAUACAAUGGGAUAAUACAGCUUGGAAGAAUACUAGCAGUGAUGCUGAUCUUAUACUUGUUGAUGUUGAAAGAAGUGAUGAAGGCACGUAUACAUGCCGUGCUACCAAUUUAUUAUAUAACAACGAACCACGUAAUGAUUCUAAGGCUGUGUUUCUCAGCGUUGAAUUUAAACCAGAACUUACAGCGGUCAUAUCAGGCGAGGCAAGUGAAAGAGGAGAUAUUAUAGAAGGCAGCAGUAUGAAUAUACUUUGUCUCGUGAGGGAGUCGAAUCCUUCUGCUGAAAGUGUUCACUGGCUAACAUUGUCAUCUGAUACUGAAUGGUUGAACUUUACUGAUGUAAAACGUGAUCAAGACAGAAAUUAUUCAUGUGAAGCGAGAAAUACAUUUUGGAACAAAGAAAACGGCAUCGGCAGUGUUUCCAUCGCUGUCAAUGUUCAGUAUAUUCCGGUGAUCACAUUUAGUGAUUUGAGAGAACGGAUGUUAGUUGAAGGACGUAAUUUCUCUUCAAUAUGCAACGUUAGUGCAAAUCCACCUGCUGAUGUAGAGUGGAAAUACAACGAACAAACCGUCGGAAGCAGUGACCUAUUAGAACUUAGUAAUGUUAAUCGAACAAUGAGUGGAGAAUAUAUAUGCCAUGCAAGUAAUGUAUUCUGGAAUGGAAGUCAUGGAUUGGAUACUGACACUAUAAAUCUAGAUGUGCAGUACCCACCUACUGUGGUGAUAUCACUGCUAACAGUCUAUGAAGUUGGCGACAAUGUAACUCUUAAUUGUAGUGUCGUGGACGCCAAUCCGAUAACAGACAACAUAACGUGGUACAGAAAUGGUCAAGUUGUUCAUUAUUCAGCAAUGUAUACACUGAACAAUAUAACACGUGACGAUAAAGGCGAAUAUGAAUGCAGAGCAACAAAUAUAUAUUUCGAUGAUAGUAUGGGAAUGGGAAAUGACACAACAACUUUAAUUGUUCAUCAUAAACCUAAAGUAGAUAUUUCCAAUCACAAAGAUGGUAAAGUUAUAGAGGGUGAAGAUUACACAGCAACAUGUUCAGCAGAUGCUGAACCACAAGCCAAUAUUACGUGGAUCUAUGCAGGCGACACAUAA